CUGCGGCCUCGGGAGAAAUCGGGCGGCAGCCGGCGAGCCGACAGCGAAGCCGGCCGACGGGUGGGCCCGGCCUGUUCUUUACGAGGAGGAGGGAGGAGCCCUCUUUCUCGCCCCCCGCGCCCAGACUCCUCGGCCCCCGCUGCUUGCCCAGGCCGGCGAGGGAAAAGCUGAGGAGCCGCGGACGCUCUGCCCGGUGCCGCCGCCAUGGCUGCCAUGAUGGAUCGGAAGUGAGCCCCAGGGCGACGGCUGCCGGCGCCGGCACUUGAGUCCCCGCUCCCCGGCCGCCUUCCCCUCGGAAAUCGCGGCGCGGCGGUCUGCUGACGCUCGUGGCCCUCGCGACCCCAGGGUCUCGGCGCCGGCCUGCUUCUUCCGAGACUGAGAGGCGGGGAGUGGUUCCCGGCCCCCGGCCCGGGCUGCGAGAAAGAUGGCGGACCCGGCCGAGUGCAACAUCAAAGUGAUGUGUCGCUUCAGACCUCUCAACGACUCUGAAGUGAACCGCGGCGAUAAGUACAUCGCCAAGUUUCAGGGAGAAGACACGGUCAUGAUCGCGUCCAAGCCUUAUGCAUUUGAUCGGGUUUUCCAGUCGAACACUUCUCAAGAGCAAGUGUAUAAUGACUGUGCAAAGAAGAUUGUUAAAGAUGUACUUGAAGGAUACAAUGGAACAAUAUUUGCAUAUGGACAGACAUCUUCUGGGAAGACACAUACAAUGGAGGGUAAACUUCAUGAUCCAGAAGGCAUGGGAAUUAUUCCAAGAAUAGUUCAAGAUAUUUUUAAUUAUAUUUACUCCAUGGAUGAAAAUUUGGAAUUUCACAUUAAGGUUUCAUAUUUUGAAAUAUAUUUGGAUAAGAUAAGGGACCUAUUAGAUGUUUCAAAGACCAACCUUUCAGUUCAUGAAGACAAAAACCGAGUUCCCUAUGUAAAGGGAUGCACAGAGCGUUUUGUAUGUAGUCCAGAUGAAGUUAUGGAUACCAUAGAUGAAGGAAAAUCUAACAGACAUGUAGCAGUUACAAAUAUGAAUGAACAUAGCUCUAGGAGUCACAGUAUAUUUCUUAUUAAUGUAAAACAAGAGAACACACAAACGGAACAAAAGCUGAGUGGAAAACUUUAUCUGGUUGACUUAGCUGGUAGUGAAAAGGUGAGUAAAACUGGAGCUGAAGGUGCUGUGCUGGAUGAAGCUAAGAACAUCAACAAGUCGCUUUCUGCUCUUGGAAAUGUCAUUUCUGCUUUGGCUGAGGGUAGUACGUAUGUUCCAUAUCGAGAUAGUAAAAUGACGAGAAUUCUUCAAGAUUCAUUAGGUGGCAACUGUAGAACCACUAUAGUAAUUUGCUGCUCUCCAUCAUCAUACAAUGAGUCUGAAACAAAAUCUACACUCUUAUUUGGUCAAAGGGCCAAAACAAUUAAGAACACAGUUUGUGUCAAUGUAGAGUUAACUGCAGAACAGUGGAAAAAGAAGUAUGAGAAAGAAAAAGAAAAAAAUAAGAUCCUGCGGAACACCAUUCAAUGGCUUGAAAAUGAACUCAACCGAUGGCGUAAUGGAGAGAAAGUGCCUAUUGAUGAACAGUUUGACAAAGAGAAAGCCAACUUGGAAGCUUUCACAGUGGAUAAAGAUAUUACUAUUACCAAUGAUAAACCACCAGCCACGAUUGGAGUUACUGGGAAUUUUACUGACGGUGAGAGAAGGAAAUGUGAAGAAGAAAUUGCUAAAUUAUAUAAACAACUUGAUGAUAAGGAUGAAGAAAUUAACCAACAGAGCCAACUGGUAGAAAAACUAAAGACACAGAUGUUGGAUCAGGAAGAGCUUCUGGCAUCUACCAGAAGGGAUCAAGACAAUAUGCAAGCGGAACUGAAUCGCCUUCAAGCAGAAAAUGAUGCCUCUAAAGAAGAAGUAAAAGAAGUUUUACAGGCCUUAGAGGAACUUGCUGUCAAUUAUGAUCAGAAGUCUCAGGAAGUUGAAGACAAAACUAAGGAAUUUGAAUUGCUUAGCGAUGAACUGAAUCAGAAAUCGGCAACUUUAGCAAGUAUAGAUGCUGAACUUCAGAAACUCAAGGAAAUGACCAACCACCAGAAAAAACGAGCAGCUGAGAUGAUGGCAUCUUUACUAAAAGACCUUGCAGAAAUAGGAAUUGCUGUGGGAAAUAACGAUGUAAAGCAGCCUGAGGGAACUGGCAUGAUCGAUGAGGAGUUCACUGUUGCAAGGCUCUACAUUAGCAAAAUGAAGUCAGAAGUAAAAACAAUGGUGAAACGCUGCAAACAGUUGGAAAGUACACAAACCGAGAGCAACAAAAAGAUGGAAGAAAAUGAAAAGGAGUUAGCAGCCUGUCAGCUUCGCAUCUCUCAACAUGAAGCCAAAAUCAAGUCGUUGACUGAAUACCUUCAAAAUGUGGAACAAAAGAAAAGACAAUUGGAGGAGUCUGUUGAUUCCCUGAGUGAGGAACUAGUCCAGCUUCGAGCACAAGAGAAAGUGCAUGAAAUGGAAAAGGAACACUUAAAUAAGGUUCAGACUGCAAAUGAAGUUAAGCAAGCUGUAGAACAGCAGAUCCAGAGCCACAGAGAAACUCAUCAGAAACAAAUCAGUAGUUUGAGAGAUGAAGUAGAGGCAAAAGAAAAAGUUAUUACUGAUCUUCAAGACCAAAACCAGAAAAUGAUGUUAGAGCAGGAACGUCUAAGAGUAGAACAUGAGAAGUUGAAAGCUACGGAUCAGGAAAAGAGUAGAAAACUGCAUGAACUCACGGUUAUGCAAGAUAGACGAGAACAAGCAAGACAAGACUUGAAGGGUUUGGAAGAGACAGUGGCAAAAGAACUUCAGACUUUACACAACUUGCGCAAGCUCUUUGUUCAGGACCUGGCUACCAGAGUUAAAAAGAGUGCGGAGAUUGAUUCUGAUGAUACUGGAGGCAGUGCUGCCCAGAAGCAAAAAAUCUCCUUUCUUGAAAAUAAUCUUGAACAACUCACUAAAGUGCACAAACAGUUGGUACGUGAUAAUGCAGAUCUUCGCUGUGAGCUUCCUAAAUUGGAAAAGCGACUUAGAGCUACAGCUGAGAGGGUGAAAGCUUUGGAGUCUGCACUGAAAGAAGCCAAAGAAAACGCAUCUCGUGAUCGUAAACGCUACCAGCAGGAAGUUGAUCGCAUAAAGGAAGCAGUCCGGUCAAAGAAUAUGGCCCGAAGAGGGCAUUCUGCACAGAUUGCUAAACCUAUUCGUCCUGGACAACAUCCAGCAGCUUCUCCAACUCAUCCAAGUGCAAUUCGUGGAGGAGGUGCGUUUGUUCAGAACAGCCAGCCAGUGGCAGUACGAGGUGGAGGAGGCAAACAGGCGUAAACAUUUACAUAUACCCACAGGUGUUAAAAAGAACUGAAGUAUGAAGAGGACAUGGUAUCAAACAGUCAUUCAAUGACUAUAACCUCUACCCCCUUGGGAUUGUAGAAUUAUAAUUUUUUAUGUAUAAAUUAUACCUGGCCUGUACAGCUGUUUCCCACUCACUGUUCUUGUAAACUCUGCUGCUUCCCCGCACUCUAGUUGAGUGCAAAUUUUGGCAUCUUAGGAGGGAAAAAUGACAGUUUACAACUGUGGCCCUAUUUAUUACACAGUUUGUCUUUCUUGUCUUAAAUUUAGUCUUUACUGUGCCAAGCUAACUGUACCUUUUAGGACUAUGCUUUUUGUUUUUUGUGUGUGUGUUUAUUUUUUAAUCUCAGUUUAAAUUACCUUGCUAUUGCUUCUUUCUUUUCCUAUUAAAAUGUCUUCCUUUUUUUAAGGGAAAAUGGAACAUUUAGGUUAAAUGUCUUAAAUUUUACCACUUAGAACACUACAUGCCCACAAAAUCUAUCAGGUCAGUACUGUAUUUUAAAAUCCCUUGAAAUGAUAUCAGGGUUAAAAUUAUUUAUAUCAUUUCUGAAGUUUGCUUCUGAAAACUGUUGUUUGAGCACUGAAAUCUUACAACUAAUUAGGCCUUUGAGACUGAGCAGGGCUAUUUAAUUGUAAUCUCAUGCCUAUCACUGAGUUAUUUAAAUAGAAAUACCUGUAUUUUUACAAUAUCAAAAGCAGAUCUCAGUUUAAGAGAGAGUUUGGAAAAGGAAUUGUAUUUCUCUUCCUGAUUCUAUAUUCACCAUAGCCUGAUGGAAUGGAAAUGCGUAUGCUUCAUUCUGGCAAGCCUGCUAACUGAUAGAAGAAUUGGACAGAUGUUAAUUUGUCAUCUUUAGUGUCGUGAAAUGAAUUAAGAUACUAUAGGAGUAAACAUAAUUUUAUCUUAUUAAUACUUAAUUGGCUGAUCUAAACUUACAGCCUACAGAAAUUGAGAAAAAUGUGAAGAAACAGGACUGGUACAUGGUAAAUCUUAAAAAAUACUUGUAGAUAAAUUGUGGUCUGAAAUCCCUAAGGUGUUUUUUACCUGCUAUACUAAAUCAUACACUAUAAUUUAUUUCUUUAGUGUAGAAUAGUAAAUUGUUUGCAAGUCACUAAUCCUCAAAAAUUAUUUUGUUGGUGAUAGCCCAUAAUUUUGUAAUUAGUACUAAAUGUGUACCUAUUUUUGCCACUUCUCCCUCAGAUGAUUAAACUAAGUCAAUAGUUUAUUUUACGAAAGUAUAAAAGUAAUAGGGAAAGAGAUUUCAAUAUUUGCUUUAUCAGUGGUGGGUAGGGUGUGACUGCAACUGUAUUAGCAGAAAUUCACAGAGAAUGGGGAUUUAAGAUAUUCAGUCAGUAGAGAAAAUUGGAAAGUUCUGUGUUAGGAUCUGGCUGGCAGAAUUAACUUUUUGAAAAAGUUUUAUACACAGAUAUUUGUAUUAUUAAAUUUGGAGUCAAAGUCAGAAGACUCAGAUCAUGAUUGGCUUAUUUUUCUAGUUCCUUAACGAUUGUAAUUUCCACUUUUAUAAUUUUGACUUUAAAAGAUAAAUUUAUUUAUUUAUUUUUUUAACAGUCAGUCUUUGCUGUUAGAGUCUGCAACCUCGAAAAUGAUUGUGUUGCUUUUAGGAUUGAUCAUAAGAAACACUCCAAAACUUGAGAUGGAAUCUUGGUGCAGCAAGAGAUAAGUAAUACACUAAACAGAAAGUAAGUGUACAGCCUCCUUAGGAUGAUAGUUUCCUGAAUGGAGAAACAUUUGGCUGCAUUCACGCUUCUUUGGCAAUAUUCAUAAAUGAAGCAGAAUUUUUUUCUCUUUUGUCUGAAUGUUACUUUCAUUUUUGUAAGAUGUGUCGUGGGUAUUGGUGCUGUGUAACAAUGAAUUGUAACUAGCAUGUGGUUCUGAAUAUACAAUGUUAGGCUUUUUAAUAUCUAAAUAGUUCUUUUCUAUUUAUAAUCUCAAACUUUCGUAAAGUACACCAAGAAUUUCAUAAAUUUGUUUUCAGUAAAUUGCUCUUUUUUGCUAUGGCAGGUCAUUAAACACAGCACUUACUCUUACAAAUGAAAACUUCUGAUCAUCUAGAAUAUUCACCUUCAACUUGCAGUGUCUUUUUGACUGGAUAUAUUAAUGUUCCUCUGAAUGGUAUUGAUAAAGAAGAGAAACCCAGUGAAAUAAGAAAAUAGUAUUUAUUCAUGGUGAUCAAUUAAAUUAUUUGCCUAACUUAAGAAAACUAACUACUGUGCAUAACUCUCAAUUUGUGCUUAACUCAAUUGACAUGAGAUGACAGCAGAGAGUAUGAGUCUACCUGUGGAAUAUGUUGGUUUAUUUUCAGUGCUUGAAGACACAUUCAAAGAUACUUGGUUUGGGAAGACACCGUAUAAUUUUUAAGUUAACCUGCAUGCUGUAAAUGUGUUUUAUGUUUAAAUAAAAGAGGAAAAAGUUUUUGAAAUGUA